AUGUCUGUGUUACCAAAAAGUGAUUCUAUCCAAAUUAGAGAGGUAUGGAGCAAUAAUCUUGAGGAGGAGUUUGCUUUGAUCCGUGAAAUUGUGGAUGCCUAUCCUUACAUUGCCAUGGACACUGAGUUCCCUGGGGUGGUGCUUCGCCCUGUUGGCAAUUUCAAGCAUAUCAAUGAGUAUAACUAUCAGAACUUGAAGGAUAAUGUUGAUAUGUUGAAGUUGAUUCAGUUGGGUCUCACAUUUUCCGAUGAAAAUGGAAACUUACCUACUUGUGGGAGCGAGCGCUAUUGCAUUUGGCAAUUCAACUUCCGUGAAUUUGACACAAGUGCAGAUAUUUUUGCAAAUGAUUCAAUCGAAUUGCUGAUGCAAUCUGGGAUUGAUUUCAAGAAGAACAAUGAAAUGGGAAUUGAU